AUGUCCUCAGCAGAGCAAUACGUUAGAACGGAACAUCCCGUUAUCGAUUCGGACCCCCACUUCAAGCGUGUCGUCCGCUACAUGCGCGGUUCGGAUUACGCCGCAUGGGGUACCCUUACCGUCGGAGCUCCCGCUGUCCUCCUUGCCCUCGAGCGCAUUAGACCUGCUGCUGGACCCAAGGGAAUCAACGUUGCCUUGGGUGUCGCCACCGCCAUGGGUUUCAUGGGCGGUUUCCUCUACUCUUACCAAAAGUCAAGUCUCCGCUUCUGGGGAUGGGAGGAGAACGCAAGGGAGCAGGCCAUGAACCGCAAGGAAAUGGACGCCCGUGCUGCCGCGGGUCUCCCCGCCUACGGUGAGCCCACCAUGGACGAGGCCGCUCAGGCUGCUGCCGCAAGAAACUCCAAGUUUGCCGCCCUCAAGUUCGCUGCUAUCCCUUAUUUCAACACUACCAACCACAAAUAUCACCUUUCGGAGAACACCAGCAUCGACAAGUAA